AAAGCUUAGGCAGUCCGUGUUCAAUUGCAGUCGAGACUAGUUGCGUCAUUAUCGGUGCUGUGGUGCUGUAAAUUUAUAGAUAAACUUUGUGGAGCAUUGAUUGAUCAUCAGCGAUGGCAUCUCCGUCUGGGACUGAGAACAGUUCGUCCGUGCUCUUCUCCCCUACAAUCAUCGGGCACUAUUCUAUGACUGGUGAGAUCCAGGAUUUUGAUGGAAGAAACUGCGCACAGAUCGUCAUAGACUGGGACGAAGCGUCCGAAAAAAAGUUGAAGACACCAAUGGACCUGAACAUGGCAAUGGAUAAGGUGCAGCGUAAGAAUAUGAAGAAUCAUUUCAAUGACAGACUGAAGAAACUGCAGCAAUGGAUCUUGGAGCACCCGGAGUGCAUGAAUGCAAAGCCUAACUUCGUGACGAGCCGCCGCGUGAUGCGACGACUUCUUACUUCCAUUUACCCGCAGGAAGAACACCUUGUACUGCAUGCCACUAAGAUUGGCGAGACAAUUUUUCUGAUCCGUGUGCCCUCCAAGAAGGAGAUGCAAGAACAAGAGAACGCCAGCGAAGAACAGCAGAAGAACAGUUCCUAUGGUUUCAAGUUCGAGCAAUUCAUGACGUACGGCGCAGAUCCUUCCACUGGAAACGACGAGAAUAAAUCGUACUAUGUCAUCGUCCAAGCCGAACUGGCAAACCACACCCUUUUGUACGAAGCUGAGGCAGACGGGGUGAUCAAGGAGUUCUACAAAGUCGAUCGGCUCCCCAACUUAUCCAAGUUGAUCGAGCUCAAAACGGGCAUGCUGAAGUUCGAUGCCAUGGAACAAUCUCUGAAUCCGUACAAAAUGCGCGACACGUGGGCGCAGUGCUGGCCGGUGGGCAUCCAGCGUGUGGUUUGCGGUUUCCGGGAUGGCAGCGGCGUCGUGAGGCGCAUACGCUCCUUCCGCGUGAAGGAUCUGCCUGAUUUGCAGAAGAAGUUCAAAAAUAAAAUUGAUUUCUCACCGGACAAGAUGGAAAAUAGUCUGAGCGAAUUCCUGCAAUGGGCCAAAACCGAAGUCAAAGACGACGAGGCGGUCUAUGAGCUCACUGUGAAGCAGCCGCAGCCUGGAGAAGACCGCUUCCACUGUAGCCGCUUGUCGCCUGCCUCUCUGUUGCUCUUGCCUGACUUCGUGAAGGAGAUGCGUUGCAAGUGACGAGACAUCAGUACGGAUGUGAUGCAGCAAAAAUUCUAUAUUUGACCAAAAAAAUAAUAUCUCUACUCACUAAGCAAUAUGAUGUCGAUUAUGCAAACCGCAUCCACUUCUAUAAUAAAUAAAUAGCCAAAUAAAUACUGAUAUUUGGUUAUGUGGUAUUUAUACAUAAUGCUGUAAUAAUUUACUAAUAAAUUCACCUAACUUUCCGGAAGUAGAUAAAUAUGAUUACAAACAUUCUUCUUCAUUCUUCAUUCAUAUCAUGAGUGAGGUUUACGGCUGAAAUAUCCAGUGUCAAUCCUUAUUGACACUGGAUAGAAAACAUUGUUCAAAAAAGCUCUUUCUGUCCGCACCUAAAUUUUGCUUCUGUCGCAUGUUGAUUUCAUCAAUCAAUCUACUAUUUUUAGAAAAUAUAUUGUGAAAAGGA